AUGUGGAUCGGUGAUCGUCUCGGGCAAUUAUCCAGUGACUCACAGGACUUCAUUAAGAAGGAGGUUCUGUCCAGACUUCACUUUUCUCCGGUGCCGGUCUUCGCUCUGGGAAACUGGAUCCCUAAAGUGCUCUACUACUGGAGCUGCACGGGACGCAACUGUGGCCUCUCACAGGCCGUCUUCACCUCCGAGGGAUGGAACAUGCCAAUAAUCAUCAAGCGCCUGGAUGCCAGGUACGACUGGCUCAUGGGACAUUGGGAUCAGAGGUCAUAUCGACUGACUGAUGCAGGAAACGGAUGUGAUCCCUCCUCGUCUGUGGCCGGCGCCGUGGCCUGGGUGUCUGAGGGCGGCUGCUCCUUCUUCACUAAGGUGCAGUCCAUGGCCAAAUCCAACGCCUCUGGUGUGCUCGUCUACGCCCUCCCUGGAAACCCGAUCCAGGACAUGAACUGUGUUGAGGAUGAAUGUUAUUCGCCUCUGAACAUCCCAGCUGCCAUGGUGCACCUGGAGCUUUCGGUGGCUCAGGCGCUCCGGUUUGGACAGAAGGUCGUUGUGUCCUUCCAGAACACUCCAUCUCCAAACUUCUUCAUCGGUAUCAACCAACAGGGGGCGCUGGCUGAGAUGGGCUGGUUUCUUUACCCCACGUUCAGCUUCAUCAACUGGCAGGCGCAGUGGUUUGAUUUCUAUGCAGAUCUUCAGAACAAACUUCAAACUCCUGCCAAGGUUGUUUCUGUCUUCGACAAAGUCCAGAUGCAGGGAGACAAAGGAGCGGUGGCGGCAGUCGACUUGCCGUUAGGCUCGUUGGACUUUAACAAACUGGAGCUGGAUGCGUCUCUGUCGUGUCCCGGCAGGAGAGACUCGUCCUGCGCUCAGUGGGAUCACACGGUGCAGCUGUUCGUCUGCUGCGAUCACCUCAGUCCGUACUGCAACAUGGAGCUGAGCCGAUGGAUCACUGCCUUCCGCAGAGGUAUCGGUCGCUGGCUCACAGAUGUGUCUCCCCUCAUCCCACUGCUGGACGGCAACAGAUGCACCUUCACCAUGAAGACGGUGCCGUGGGCGAUGCCUUGGAUCGUUUCCCUCAAUCUGAGAUUCAGCGUCAGCAAUCAGACAGGUAACCACACAGAGAAGCUCCGCCCCUUCAGAGUGAUGUCACUGUACAGCGGCGGGACCUUCGACAAAGACUACAACAAGAGAUUCCAGCCAAUCAAAUUCCCCGUCCCUCCCUCGGCCAUGAAGGUGGAGCUCUACGCCGUCAUCACGGGUCACGGCAGCGACGAAAACGGCUGCGGAGAAUUCUGUGUCACCUCCCACCACUUCUUAAUAAACGCCGUGUUCAACAACACUCGCAUAUUUGACUCUGCAGGAACAGCUCUGGGCUGCGCCAUGCGAGUGAGAGAGGGGGCGGUACCAAAUGAACAUGGGACGUGGCUGUACGGGCGAGGAGGCUGGUGUGACGGACUCCAGGUCAACCCCUGGAGGACAGAUAUCACCAAACAGUUGGACUUGAGCGGAUCUGAAUCCAACACAGUCGUCUACUUCGGUUUGUUCGACGGGCAGGAUCCUCAUCCCUCUCAGCAACCAGGAUACAUCAUCAUGUCGUCUUUUCUCGUCUUCUACAAAUGACGCCGCUUCUUACACGUUGUUCUGCUGUAAUGAUUCUGAUACUGAAUGUACAAUCGAGUCGAAGAUUAAAUUUCUAUUUUCCUACCGCUU